CCUAUCCGUAACUUUAGGCGUCAGCGUACCACGUGAUACGGUCUGUGGCGCGGCAGCGCGACACGCGGGACCCACUGAGCCAGUUUUUUCUGUGUACAGUAAGGCAUAUUCGUCUUGUGUCAUUUUUAGUUGUUUGUGCUGUAUUUCAUCGGCCUGAAGGACGUAAAUUGAAUAGACAGGUGACAUGUUGAGCCCUAAGCUGCUGACCCUGGUUCUGGUAGUCCGGCCCGGCAGAGUGCUGCUCGGCAUGAAGAAGAGAGGCUUCGGGGCCGGGAAGUGGAACGGCUUUGGUGGGAAAGUUCAACCUGGAGAAACAAUUGAAGAUGCUGCAAGGAGAGAGCUGCAAGAAGAAAGUGGUCUGACAGUGGAUGAUCUCAGGAAGAUCGGAAAUAUCAAAUUUGAAUUUGUCGGAGAAACUGAUCUACUGGAUGUCCAUGUCUUCAGAGCCGACGAUUAUAAAGGAGAGCCCACUGAAUCAGAGGAAAUGAGGCCUCAGUGGUUUGAGUGUGACAAAAUCCCCUUCAGUGAAAUGUGGGCUGAUGACAUCCUGUGGUUCCCCCUGCUGCUCCAGAACAAGAAAUUUGUGGGAUACUUCAAGUUUCAGGGUCAUGAUAUGAUCCUCAGCCACACUCUUGAGGAGGUGGAGGAACUGUGAGACAACAAUGAGGGCCUGUGGACAUGUAUUAUCGACACGAAAAAUCCAAAAGUCUCCUCUAAACAUUUAAAGAUAUCCUGUUCAGAGUUUGUUGUUCUGUUACAUUUCUGAGAAAAAGGUCAGAUUUGAAGGACUUACUGGAGCAGUGUGUAGGAUGUAGUGACCACUAAUGGCUAAUGGUGAGGUUGCAUAUUGCACCCAGCUCACAAGUGUUUACAUCAUUCCCUUUGAGGCAUUUAAAAAAAUCUUAUGGUGGUCUGAAAGUCUUGAAAAGCAUGGAUGGAAGUUCGUCACAUUUCUAAAAAUGUUAAAUGCCCGUGUAGUGUUGGUUAAAAUCAAUUUGAAGACCUGGUUUGAUACAAUGGAAAAAGUAGAAGUCCUAGGCAACAAGUAAUAGGUCAUUUCUUGUUUCAAUCAUCAAACAUUGCAGGGAAACCCUGCACAUGGUCUAAAUUACACAAGUAGGUGGACAGUGUUUUGGUACUGAAACUUUAACAACUUAUUUGCAAUUUAAACAGUGUGCAGGAGUUUACCUGCAACUCCAGAUGGAUUAACUCUCUUAUUCUAGCUUUUAUCAAACAAUGGAGAAUGUACCACUAAUCAAAAAAGCAUCAAACUAUCACAAAUCUUGACAACACAAAAUGCAGCUUCAUACCAGGUGCGUUUGUGCUGCGUGUUGGCUGUGUCUCCCUGCUCUCAUAGCUCUGUCCAGCUUCAAAAGUUUUACCUCAGUUAAUCCCCUGCAAGUUACUUGACUCACAGUAAAGCCAAGCUUGAAAAGUUUGAAAUACAAGCACUCUGUACAAAUAAGGUCAGUUUAACCACAGAAAUGCUAAAAUGGGACUGAAAAGCUCAAACCGGAGAUGUACUGUGUUUACCUUCUUUUGCCUAUGGCAUUUAAGCUUGUGACCCUUAUUUUGCUGAUGUUGACAUACAUAUCUUCUAAAACGGUAAAAUAUGGCUCUCUUUUUUUAUAAUUUCCUGUACAUUAAGGGGAAAGAUCUGAAGCAGCUGAAUUGCUGCUAUAAUGUAACUACAUCUGGGAUAAUUGCUACGGUUGCAAUAUUUUACCGGCUUGUAGUAAAACUGAGCCAUGCCCAUAGCUUCUGCCUCAUUCUCCUCAAAUGACGCUAAUUGGUCCCGUCUGUUUUCAGACCUUGCACUGUCAUUUCAGAUUAGAGCUUUGCAAAAGCUGCUUGAUAACAGGCAUGGAAUCCGGCCAAUCCAUUAGCUUUGGAGGGCUACAUAAUAUUUAAGGCUAAAAUUCGUGCAAACAGCCAUGUAACAAUAAGACCAAAGUAAAAAGUUGGGUGCUAUCUCUCCAACCUGGCAAAGCAUUGUGAUGUAUGGGCUUGAGAAAAUACCCAGUAUGAAAGUAUCUGUUAGGACAGUGGUUCCCAACUUUUUUUUUUUCCUUAGACCCCCCCCUACUCAUAUCUAAGAAAAGCUAAGCCCCCCCAGGACCGACUUGGGAAAGUAAGCACCAGUUAUAAUUGUUUUCAUUGACAAAAUCCUAACAAAUUAGGCCUACACUUAUUCUUGACUAAAGACCUAUGUACAAUCAGGACCAAGUUUUUAUUAUUUUUUGAGUAGUGAUAAAACCACAGAAUCAGCUUUUUUUUUUUUUUUUUCAAUUUUGAAUAGAAUAGAAAAAGCCCUAGACUCGAUAUGCAAGUUUUGAGUGCCUGCCUUUUUUUAACAGACCCAAAAAUCAAUCUGAAAAUGACAGACUCAGCAUGCACAGACCUUAACACUGCUGAGACGCUGUCCGACAGCCAAAUAGUUUGUCCAGUCUAGACUUCUAUAGUGACUUAGUGUAGCAACAUGACAAAUUCUGCAGAGAACUCCCUGUGAUUUGCUCAUGAUAAGAUAAUGUAAAUGAAUCUAGUCUUCUUUCCAUUUUUGUUUGAUGAAAAACUGCUAAUAGCUCCCAAGAAAUUACUAUUACCACAAGGUUCUUUUUUUAGGUCAGGUUUUAUAAAUCCUUUUAAAGAAAAGCAAUCAAAACAGGAAUAUACUGAAAGAAAUAUCCAUUCUGUUAUUUUAUUUUGGAGAAUAACUGAUUUAACUAAAUUCAGCUAAGAUUUUUAUGAGUAUUUACAGUAUCUACAGUUAUACACUUGUUGGGUCUUCAGUUCUGUGCAAGGAAACUUCAUUCCAGAAUUUUUUUUUUUUCGACCAACGGUUAUCACUGGAAGCAGUGGUAAACUUUCUGUCUUUAUACAAUAAACAUUGAAUAUGUGCACAUUA